GGGGCAAUACCGCUUUCCCCUCUCUCUCUCUCUCUCCCUCUCUCUCUCUCUCCUUCCUUUCCUAAAUUCCAAACCCUAGUUCUCUCUCUCUCUCUCUCUCUCUCUCUCCCUCUCUCUCGUAUGGAGACGACGCGCGAAGGUAAUCCUUACGACGUCGUUUCGGAAGAAGGAUUGGGUACGGGCGGCAAGUUUCGGAAGCGGCCAUUCCGGAGGACCACCCAUACAACGCCGUACGACCGACCGCCUACGGCCCUGAGGAAUCCCAGCAUCGUCGGCACCGCCAACAACAACAGCAAUGGUUGGCUCUCGCGGCUCGUCGAUCCAGCUCAGCGGCUCAUCGCCUCCAGCGCUCACCGCAUCUUCUCCUCCGUCUUCCGCAAGCGCCUCACUCAGCCGCCGCCCCCACUUCAGCAGCCGCAGACUCAGCCUUCCACUUCAGAAUCGAAGCAGGAAGUUAGGGAUAAUCACCAGGAUGCAAGGGAUCAGCACCAUGAAGCAGUUGUCAUAGAUUCUGCUGGUAUGCAACAAAAAGCCACUGAUCGUGGUGACAAGCCAAGUAGUAGUUCUGACAGAGGCGGCUUGACUGAGCUUGAGCAAAUUUUAAAGCAGAAGACCUUUACCAGGUCUGAGAUUGAUCGUUUGACAGCCUUGUUGCAUUCAAAAACUGAUGAUGUACCUAUUGGGCAUGAAGAGAAAAAGUCUGAAGUGAUUCCACCAGAGCCAGCGGUCUCUCAUGAAAGAAAGGAGGAAUUUCCAAUAACUCAAGCAUUUGAAAAUACGAUUGGGAGCAGCCUCAUUUCAACCCCUGUCAUUAGUUCAAGAGUCCUUGAUGAGGAUGUUGCUUCACCUGCAGAGCUUGCAAAAGCUUACAUGGGCAGUAGGCCUUCAAAAGUAUCACCAUCAAUGCUUGGUAUUCGCAAUCAAGCAUAUGGGGAAGAGUCCACUAUGAUAAGCAGUCAACCUUUUCCACCAAAAUCGUCCAUUAUGCCACUUGUGCCCCGGUCUCCUGGUAAUGCUGGGUACCCUGAAAAUGGUUUUACAACACCUAGAUCUCGAGGGAAAUCCGCAAUAUACAGCAUGGGUCGAACUCCAUAUUCCAGAGUUGAUCCAACCUCUACCCACAAGGGUUUCAGGCCCAUUGUUGCUUACGAUGGGCUUUCAUCAUCAUCUCCAGCUGCGGCUGCAUGGGAGCAGAAUAAACUUUAUGGCUCUAGACAAGGGGCUUUGAAACGCAGAAGUUCAGUCUUGUACAAUGAUAUAGGACCUGUUGGUCCUAUACGCAGAAUCCGUCAUAAACCCAGUCUUUUAUCUUCAAGAGGCUUGAGUUUGCCAGUUUCUGAUAGUGGAGUCGUUCCUGGUGCUGCUCAAUAUCCUUCAUCUUCAACGCAGAAGCCACUUUUAUUGGAAAAAUCUAAGGAGAACUCAACAAAGAUGUCGAUAGAAAAUGGAGAUAACAGUGUGCCAGGUACAAGUUUUACCUCUGUUCCAACCAAGUCCAGUGAGAUGGCUUCAAAAAUAUUGCAGCAACUUGAAAAGUUGGUUUCACCAAAAGAGAAAUCAUCUUACCUCAAGGUAGCUUCUGUGAGGGACAGCUCACCCACUAAGUUGUCGCCAUCUAUGUUGCACGGAAGAGCUCUCAGAAGCCUGGAGACUGUAGAAUCACCUAAAUUUCUGGAGAAUGUACGAGAUAAUAGAAAAAUGGAUAUAUCACUUGACACCUCGUUACCUGAUGCUCUAGACACCACUUCUCAAAGGCAAAACAAAGAUGAAAAUGUCCUGUUGAAGCUUGUUGCUCCUUGUGACAGAUCUGUCUCUGUAGUGAACUGCAUAGAUUAUAAAUCUCCAAACAAGGACACCUUGCCCAGUGUCAAGACUACAAAUUCUGCCGUGAUGAACUUUGUCACCCUUCCUCCGCAAAAGAAACAGGCUUUUCAGAUGAGUGCACAUGAGGAUUAUUUUGAGCUGGAUGACGACUCUCCUGAUGGGGCAGCACUUGUCCCUUUGGUUAAAGAGAGAGAAAAGGUUGAUUUCUCUGUGGUGGGGAGUAAGAUUCAUGAUGCAAAAGCUGUAACACUGGAGAAGCCCCCAUCUCUGAUGGGAUUUAAGCCCCCUUCAAGUUCUGAAUUGAACCAAACAAAUGAUUUGGUAUCUUCUGAUGGACCUGUAGUUGCUGAAAAGAGUACCGGCUUUGCCUUUCCAAAGGCCACUUUUACUAACACGGCUGUCCAACCUUCUUUGUUAGUGACACAGCCAACCUUGACGUCUGAUAAAUCUGUGUCACCAGUGCAAUUAAAUGUUGCACCUCCUAUGUAUGACUUGGAAGAUAAAGUUGCUUCAUCCAAGGAACCAAAUGCUACGUCCCGAGUUGCUAGCUUUUUAUCUGUUUCAAGUGCUGACAAUGUUCCAAAGUUCGUAUUUGAUUCCUCGUCUUCAGCUAGUGAAUCUUCCAGUCUCAAAUUUGGUGUUUGUUCUGGUAAAAAACCAGAAAUCUCAGACAGCUUUUUAACUGUUGGUGCAACCAAUUCUGUACCAAAAGUACCUGAAUUGGAUAAAGCUGAUAAUAAGAAUAAUUCAGAUGCUGGAGUCACUUCUAGGACAGCAGAAAUUGCACUGCCAUCUUCUGCAUCAUCACCAAUGGCUACUUUUAGUAUUGGUGCCAAUGUCACUGCCAAUAAUUCUUCCUUAAAUAAUGGGUCUCUUGCCUCAAGCCCUUCUUCAUUUUCUUCCCCCGUUCCACCUCUUGUUUUUAAUAAUGUUUUCAGUCAGAAUUCAUCCAAUAGCUCUACACUCACUGUUACUUCCACCAGCAGCGGCAACAGCAGCGCCACAACCCCCGCUGCUGCCUUAACAUCCAUUAAUGGCAGUGUUAGUCUUUCUACCUUGGCUGUAGCAGCACCUUCAUUCUCGGCAACUCCUAUUUUUAAUUUCGGAUCCACUGGCCCAUUAACUUCAGUGUCACCAGUAACAGAUACUUCUGGAGUAGAAUCAGAAGCAGCCAAGACGAGGCCAGAGACCAGCUUUGGCAAUCUCAAGAGCUCUCCCUUUGCUGGCACGUCUGGUGCAAAUGCCAGUUCAGGGAGUAGCAUUUUUUCUUUUGGUCCUGCAGCCACUACUUCAACAGCUAAUAAUCAAUCAGGUUCUUCUGUUUUUGGCACUGGCAAUGAAUCUGUGCAAAGUGCAAAGGCAUCAUUUGCUGGGACAGGGGUUUCAUCUCUUACCAACAGCAUGCCGGUGCAAUGCAGUUCAUCUGCACCUUCGUUUGGAUUGGCUGGGAAUACAGCUUUCUCUUCUGGUAGUUCCCUGUUUUCUGCUUCUACUACUGCUAAACUUUUCAGUUCAGGUUCUGCUUCCUCUCCUGAGGCAAGCUCCAGUAGUGCCAUGGAUGGUUCUGCUUCAAGCUUGUUUAGUUCCAGUUGGCCAGCUACAAAGCCUCCUAUUUUUGGCUCAGCAAUUAACUCUAUAUCCACCUCAGCUGGUUCGUCCUUCUCAGCAUCUACAGCUUCUGUUGCUGCAAUUACAACCCCCUCAACUGGCUUUUCCUUCUCAGCAUCUACAGCUUCUGUUCCUGCAACUACGUUACCCUCAUCUGUGUUUUCCUUCCCAGCAUCUAAAGCUUCUGUUCCUGCUACUACGUUACCCUCGACUGGGUUUUCCUUCCCAGCAUCUACAGCUUCUGUUCCUGCUACUAUAUCACCCUCGACUGGGUUUUCAUUUGCAGCAUCUACUGCAUUUGCGGCAUCUACACCUUCUACUUCUGUUACUGGCAUUGCACCUGUUGUAUUUGGAUCGUCUAUUGGUGCAUCAUCUGGACCCACUUUCUCAUUCACUCCGGCUAUGGCUGCUCCCUCAUCACAGCCUGUCUUUGGUAACCCUAAUUCAGGCUUCACAUUUAAUUCAGCUUCCUCAGGAAAUAAUGAUCAAAUGAAUAUGGAGGACAGCAUGGCGGAGGAUACCUUUCAAGCACCCACGCCUACAGUUCCAGUAUUUGGUCAACCUCUUGUCUCACCUCCUCAAUCCAACUUUGUGUUUGGUUCAACAACUCCAUCAGCACCCAAUAAUCCAUUUCAAUUUGGGGCCCAACAGAGUUCAGCCACCUCACAGAACCAGCCUCCAUUUCAAGCUACAAAUAGUUUAGGAGGAAGCUUCUCAGUGGGUGCUGGUGGCGGGGACAAGUCUGGUCGAAAAAUUAUCAAAGUUAAUCGCAACAAGACUCGGAAGAAGUAAACGCAGGGACCAUUACAGUCGACCGGUAUCCUUUUCAGGGGCUACAGUUGCAACUGAUGGGCCAAUAAUUAUAAUGGUAAAAGGUCAACAGCUAGAGAGAGAGUGGUGUUUCUGUUGGUCACCUGGAUUUGAUUAUUGCUGGCAAAGAUAAAUGAGCCUGGUAAGUUGCAAAAUCUGAUGAUGCUCUCUGCCCGCACACAAUUGUUCUUGUAUGCAUGGUUGCGAUGCAAUCAUUAAGAAUUCACAAUUUUGUAUCGUUUCUAGUAAAUCUGAGAAGAUUUGUGCUGUACUAGUUUAAGUCUUCCAUAGGUUUUUGAGGUUGGCAACUAUGCCUUUGAUGGUGAUAUGUGUACUCAUAUAUUUGUAACAUAAAUGGAGAAGGGCUUGGAUCUGUUUUAAGGAAACAGAUCGCUCUCAAUA